GCUCGUUCCGCGAGGAUCCGCUCGGCGUCCCUCGUGGGCCUUACGACCCCGGCGACCUCCUGUGCCGCCGCGGCGAGCAGAAGGAGGGCUGGUGCGUGCAGUGGCUCAGCUGCAUCAAGCAGAAGGCGGCCCCGCAGGGGGACCCGGCGUCGGUGAUGACGGCGUGGGGGCCCGCCGACUGCCGGGAGUACUGCGGCACGUGGCCGGUCACGAGCGGCAUGGAGGGCAACUCUAGCAGAGGCGCGGGCAACGCCAGCAGAGCCGCAUCUUUCUUGUCGCUCCGUGCCAGCAGCAGGGACGACUGCCUGGAGUCGUGCGACAAUUUCCAGCACAGCCUCUCUUCUUGCGUGGCGACCGUCCUCUUCGAGCCCGGCAAGGUCGUCGCCAUGGGCAUGCCCGACGGGGCGGCGGCGAAGAAGAGCGCGUCGCAGAUCUGCACCAGCAGGAACACGUCCUGCAUGCCGGACCUCCCGUUCGAGCACCAGAAGUGCAUCUCGGCCAGGGCCGGCAGGGUGCUUGGUAAGACCAUGUCCAAGGAGACCGAGAUGGCAUGCGAGCGGGUCAAGAUGGACAUGGAGGACUGCAAGGACUGCCCGCAGCUCUCGCCCGAGUACACCAGCCACUACCAUUCGUUCGUGGGUGGAUGCAUGGACCAGCUGAACGCAUACUGGGCCGCCACUCACCCGAACGCGGGCCCGCACGCGGCGAUCCCGGGCGCCAGCGGCUGCACCGUCCACGCGUGA